AUGGUUUUUUCUUCUAAUAAAAGGAAGACAGACCAACUAUCUGGAGAACAGACUUCAUUUAGUUUUUCGCCAAAUAGUCAAUCAUAUACUAACAGUUUUGGUGGAAGCGAUAAUGAUUCCUUUUGGAGCGGGUGCGAGUCUUUGAAUAGUGAAAAAGCUUCUGAAGAAAAAAAUGAAUCAACCGAGCGAUUUCAAAAAAAUGGUUAUUUUCUUGGUAAAAAGACUGAAAAUGAUAUUGAGUCACGACGGUAUGCCUUGAACUCUCCACAGGACUCAAGAGCGUCGACACCUGGGAAACUUAAGACACGCACAACAUUACUUUCAAAUUCAUCAACUCCCCAAAACCAAACCCCGACAAGAGCAUCUUCAAUACAAUCUGGGCUUAAUGACAUUCAAGAUUUACUCGGUUCUAUUUCAAAAGAGUCUAUUGAAGACUAUGCUGAUACUCUAGCAAGUGAUUCUAAUUUUAUUGUACGCGAUCAACAAAUAAAGAAACAACAAGAAGCACAAGAGCUCGAAAAUAUGGAUAAAAAACUUAAGGAAUUAAGUAUUCAAAGAGACGUUCGUGUGCAAGGUUACCUUAUCGAAAUCGAAAAACAACAAUUGGAGCAAGAUGUGAAACGUAUUGAAGAUGAACGAUUAAAACGGGAGCAUGUUUUGAAUAAGGAGCGACAACAACGUGAUACCUUAAAAAAGAUUUUUACCGAACAACAGGAAGAGCUUGAUUUUAUGGAGAAAGAGAUUUACAGAAUCCGUUUAGAAAUUUCGCAAUAUGAAAAACUGAAGAAUGAAAACUUUAAACGCAAGACAGAGCUAGCGGAAAAAAAGCUGGAAGAGGAAAGACGAUUGGAAGAACUGAAAAAGGAAACCGAGUUAGUAGCUGAGCAACAAAAACAGGAAUCCAUAAAACGAGAAGAAGAGCAAAAAAUUCAACAAGCCAAAGUGGUCGCUCAAGCAAAGAAGCUAGCAGAAGAAAAAGCAAAGAAGUUGGCAGAAGAAAGAGCAAAGAAGGAAGCUGAAGAAAAGGCUAAGAAGGAAGCUGAAGAAAUAGCCAAGAAGGAACAACUUGAGAAAAAAAAUAAGGUGACCACUAAUAGUGAUAUUGCAAAAGAAUAUCUGAAAUACAAAAACAUGAUUGAAAAAAUCAAGAUUGAAAUUAAUGAGCCUGUUAAUAAAAACUCGACAUACAAGUUACAAUGCCAGCAACUGAAACGACAUAUUCGCCCCAAACUGGGCCAACUAAAUGAUUCCAGAGGAAAACUAAUUACUAUUUAUCGAGAAAUUUUGGAUGCUAUUCAGGGUUGCCGGAAUGUACCUUUGGUGUUUUCAUGGGUUCUUAAUUAUUACAGUAAAGCUUUGAUUGAUCAAGCAGAAGCCGAGGUUUCUGCGUCCAUUAACCGUGCUUUGCCUUUAGCGAUUUUAACAGCCAGUUUACUGGGCCAUCUUCCCGAACUCUAUGAUUACCUUGUUGCUCGAUUUGUGAAAAAAUGCCCAAUGAUUAUCGGAUUUUCCUGCGGUAUUGAUACAGUGGAAGGAAUUACGCGGAUGGGUUAUCGUCGAUCAAGCGAUGGAACAUUUGAAACACAAGAAAAGGUUGCAGAUCGUGUAUCUGGAAUUGUAGCACUGUGGUCUGCGUUAACAAUCGCUCAGCCAUUGGACCAAGGGUGCGUGAGUCCAAUUUCGGCCGCAGAUGGAUGGAAGAUGCUUGCACGACUAGCCAACACUCCCAAAGAUCUUCUUAUCAACCUUCAUUUCACUGUAGCUUCUACAUGGUGGGAUGUUGGAUCUGAGCAAUUGAGAAACCAAUAUGGGAAACAGGGCAUCAAGCUUUUGCAGCUACUUAGUAGGCCAUGGCCAGCAUCGGUAUCGGAUAAAAAAUACCCAGCAGCAUUGAAGCUGAUGAUACAGGGCGAGGAAUGGCAAAAAACAGGUCAGCUCAAGAGUCUCAAGCCAUUGAAAUAA